AUGGAAGCUACUCAAUCACCAAAUAGUAGUAAACGAUCUGCAUCAAAUAGUAUUGAGUCAAAUGAGACGCAAUUACAACCAAAAGAUAAAAAACUGGAAAAUGAAAUUGAACGAUAUUUGGCAUUAAAUGUGGAAACAAAUGAUGUUUUACAGUGGUGGAACGCAUCAAAACUAUCCUAUCCUUGUUUAUCAAAAUUAGCAAAAACUAUAUUAAGUAUACCAUCGACGUUCGCUCCAUCAGAAGAAAUUUCAAGGGGGAAAAAGCGUUUCUGGAAUGGUAGAAUGGGCUGGAAUGGGCCAGAAUGGACCACAUUGGCGCUGAGUGAGAACUUUUAUUUUUUGUAG